AACGUCAACAAAUGCAGAACGUAAACAAACGAGAUGGCUGACAUUCCUGGCCCAUCGAACCUUGUCUUGCAAGAAAAUGUAGAAAAUAAGGAAAAUAUGGACCUGGAAUUCGAGCCCGAGAAAAAGAAAGCAAAAUUAGAUACUCCAUCUACUGAAAAAGAACAAAGAUUAGAAGACCGUCUGAGCGGAAUCCUGUGCUGCGCAGUUUGUCUGGACUUGCCACGAAUAUGUUUCCAGUGCACUAACGGGCACCUAAUGUGUGCUGGUUGUUUCAACCAUCUCCUUGCUGAUGGACGGCUGAAAGACGAGACUUCAACUUGUCCCAACUGCCGCUGUGAGAUCAGCAAGUCUUCUUGUACCCGGAACCUGGCUGUUGAGAAAGCAGUGUCAGAGCUGCCCAGUACCUGUCAGUUCUGUGCCUGCUUGCUUCCUCGUAAUCUACUUCACUACCAUGAGCGGGAGCAGUGUCAGGAGAGGCUGUCAACAUGUAAAUACUCUCGCAUCGGUUGUCCCUGGAAAGGCCCCUACCAUGAGCUGAAGGAGCAUGAGAAGGGCUGUCUGCACCCCAACAAAUCAGGAGACGACAUCAUGGAGGCAGUUGCCUGCCUGGACCAGCAGUUGAAGGACGAAACACAGUUGUAUAGCAGGAUCUUCUCUCUCCUCUCUUGUGAAAAAAUCACCUUCAACGAUCUUCAAUUGAAGCCAUACAGAACAGAUGACUUCAUAACAAAGUUGUUCUAUGAGACCAGUCGGUUCUCAGCAUUCAAUCACCAAUGGGUAAUAAAGGCACGCAUCAACAAUGACCAGAAGAACCCAGCAUUGACCUCAGAACGGAGCAUGUCUUAUCAGCUGGUCCUCAAGGGCAAGGCCAGCCAGCCAAUCAACGUCAGCUUCAUUGCUCUCAAGGGACCAUAUGGCGAGAUGCUGAUAAACCCAGUUGUAUACAGUCAGGAGUUUUCUAAUGACAAUCCAGAAACAGAAUAUAACAGUCUACCAAUACACAACUCACUCGAGUGUAACAAGCUGCUGGCUUCCAAAACUAUUAACAUGCGACUCAUUAUGGUGCUCAGUGGCUCCUCAUGAUGCCCUACCAGUCUCCAUAUUUUACUGUAUCUGCAUUUAUUCCGAUUCAUUUGCUAUUUCCAUAAGAUUCACUGCAGUAAAACUUAAUUUGAUCUCAAUCUACAUAUUAAAAUAAACUCUAUGUCCUUCAUUAUUUGUAACUUUUCUGUUAUUCUAUGAAAAAUCAGUUAUCAGUUCAAAAAUGUCAUGUUCUUGGAAAUAUUUGUGGGGACAAAAGGAAACAUAAAAGGAAGCUUUGUUUUUAAGAUAUGCAUGUUUUGAGGGUGUCAACAGGAAGCUCAUAAUAUUAGAUGCAUUGUGGGAAAUUUGGUUUUAGGUGUACGUGUGGGGGCUUGCAGAAAGCAUAGUUCUACAUGUAUUGUGAUGGGGUCAACAGUGAACACAAAUUUUUUAUAAGGAGAAAGUAUAAUUUAAAUGUAUUGUAUCAACAUGAAAGAUAGUUUAAGAUGUAUUGUGGGGUCAUCAGAAACAGUUUUGAUGUGUUGAUGAGGUCAGAUUUGGUUUUACACAAGUGGUAAUUAUCCAGUACAUAACUUGUGUUUAUUUUUACCUUCCAAGUGAAAGUGGCAUUGUUCGCUUUGUUGCAUUUUAUUAAAGUAGAUUUAAAGAAAAAGAAAAAAUCAUGAAAAUCAUAAAACGAAUCCAUUGACAAAGUAUGUGUUUAAAAAUGUUGUAUUAUGUUAAUUUUUAGUUAUUUGUUUUUAUGUGUAACCUUGUUAAUAUUUUGCAAGUCUCAAAAAAUGAAAUGGGAAAUUUAGCACUUCAUUAGUUUAGAAAAUUUACUUGGAAUUUGCCGAGAUCAUCAAUAUGCAUGUCCAGAAAACAUAACUUCAAGAUUCUUAAUUCAUGUUUUAAAAAAUGCAAGUACUAACAAGGCUUCACUUUUGUAGACGUAUGUAUAGUGUUUUACCAGAGAUAUUGCCAUAUUACCGGUCUUUCAAAGCAUGUGUAACUAGUUUAUUUGUAUUUUAGAAUUAACUUUAUUUUAUGAUUUGUUUGUUCAGUUCUGAUAUCUAUAGUCAAACUUGGCUAAAUUAUAUAAAGAACUUUACAAAUAACAAUAUUGUGUAAAAUUUGGUAAAAAAACAAAAAACAAAACAAAACAAGAAAUAAAAAAAAAAAAAAAAAACAAAAAUACAAAAAAACAACAUGAUUUUGGUUUUUCAUGUACAGAUGAAUAUUUGUUAGUUUGUAUACAUGUGUAGUGUAGGUCUUUCCUACACUGAACAUGUAUCCAAUACAGACUUGUACCUCAAGUAAGCUGGGUUCUAUUUCAUCCAUUUGUAAUUUUUGUGAUAAAUACAGCAGGCGUUAUUUAUUCUGGAAAAUGAAGUGUGGUGGGUUUGUUCCUUGUUUUAUUUAAUAAUUAUCAUAUUAAUUAUCAUAUUUACUUGUUAUUAUUGAAGUAUUGUUUGUUAUCACUACAUAUUAUAGUAGCAUUUAAACUUUUAAUCAGUUUUAUCUUAUUUAGAAUCUGCCUGGUCCACCAGUGUAUUACACAAGUGUGGAUUCUACUGCCAAUAUUUUACUUUUCUAGUUUUCACUGUUAACAUACACUACAGGUAAACAUUAUAUAACUUGUAAAUAAGAUUGAGAUAGAUAGCUAUUAGUGACAUUGUGCUCUGUAGUCUGAAGUACCUGACAGUAGUGUUGAAUUCCUGAACUAGCACAUCUCCUAAAAUUAUUUGGGAGAUAUAUUUGUAGUUACCCACCGUGUUAGCUCUACCACAAUCUUCAUGGCCAUUAGACCAAAACAUACAGCAGUUUUAAAGUGGUUUUAGACAUCCUACAAUUGGAAUCAAAAUCACUUAUCAAUCUAAGGUAUUGAGGUGGUUGGUAGGAAAUGAAAAUCAUGUUCAAAUAUUUGAGUUUAAGAAUUUUCUCUUACAGUAAGAUUAAUCCCAGACAUUGAAAAUAAGGGACUCAAAAUUUGAUAUAUAUUGUAAAUAGUCUGACACAGUAUUUACUGUAGAUUGUAGUUAUUUGUUGUUAUUUACCCCUGUUGGUUGUCCAAUUGUUCCAAGGAUGAGAUUCAAUCUGCUUUCAAAUAUAUGAAAGGUGUACAAAAUUUCCACGUCUAUUGUUUUGCAGAAAUGGAAAUGAUUGACAAUGUAUAGGGAUACUUGUAUCAGAUUCUCAGCACUCAAAUGAUUGUAAUUAAUUCUCAGCUGUAUCAGGAAGGUUUACAUAGAAAUGAUCAUAACUUUUCACAGCUGAAUCAGGAAGGUUUAUAAUUGUUAAAGUAAUUCUCGGCUGUAUCAGGUUUACAUGUUGUCUCUUAUGAAAUGCUUGAGGUUCUACAGUAGUUCUAAUGAAGUUUUCAAGCUAUUCCAUUGAAAAUGUCUACCCAGUGAUAAAGAGACAGAAUUUACGGAGUUGUACAACACCUCUGUUGUAGUACAUAUAAAUAAUCAAUAAACAUAUCCAGCUGAU